UAUUAACUAGCCGCCAUUUUGGACACACCGCAUGCUCAAAUGCUGUAGCCUGCCAGGUUCCAACUUAAACCAGGGGGAAUGGUCAUAAUUUAAUCACAGGGCAAUAUGUUUGUUCUUGAAUCCUUCGGCUCGUAAAAAACGUAAUUAGCUUUAGUAGUGUAUGUAACCCAGGUUUUCUUCCAGUUGAUUUUGAAAAACACAUUCUCAAUAUGAAGGGUAUAAUUGAAGAUCCCACACACACCGAAAGUGCUGGUUUUGGGUGCGCCGUGACAAACCGUUUUGGUCAGCUUUUAGACGACGAGGCCGACCCUUUCGACAUUAUUCGCCAAGCGCAGGUGGAAAAGCAGAAGAAAAAAAAGGAUGAGCUGAAAAGAACUGAUACCACAGCCAAACCUGUCAAGAAGGAGUCUCAAAAGGACAAGAGAACUCCAUUGAAUGCUGGGGAAGGCGACCAUGCACAGGCUAAAACUGUACAGGGUAAGUCAAUGCAAUGCUGGGGGAAGGCCUAGUUAACGUAGAUGUGAAGAUGGACAGUAUUGACAGCACGUGUCCGGUGUAGUUAUCUAAAACAAUUCCGGCGUGUCAAACUUGCAUAAUUGACACUGUAAUUAUAAGGAUGGACUCUUCCUGUCCUUCGCAUGUCCAUCCAUGUGUUAUGGAACUCCGCGGGAUUAUGCACAUGUUGUUCGCUGUCUGCUUCUGGCUAGCGUAGUAGCUGACUUAGCUAGUUAGCCAACAAGGUAGUUAACGUUAGAUGGCUAACUAGGCAACUUUAGUGCAACAUUGGGGUUGUGCUAGGUAGUUAAGUUUAUAUUUUCAGUGAAACUUUUCGCGGAAUUGCUAAUACUGUAUAGGUUGUAGGCUAGUGCUAGCUAAAUCAAUCACGUGCUAGCUAGUUAGGUUUAGCUAGCUACCUACAGUAGAUGGAGGCCUUUUGAAGUGGCUUGUUUGGGGUGGUUGCAUAAUUUGUCAUCUUCAUUUAUGUGCAGGUCAGAAAUAUCCUCCUCGAGGUGCACCUGGCCAGGUGACAGAGAGGGGGGAGCAACGAAUUGCCUUCCGGGAUCGGAGGCAGAACGACAGUGAGGCUCCCCUAGGAUACUCAAUUGAAAGGUAGUUAUACACUAGAGGUGGGAAUUUCUGCGUUGGCCGAUUGAACAUGACAUUGGCUGCGUUUACACAGUCAGCCCAAUUCUGAUGUUUUUUCACAAAUUGGUCUUUUGACCAAUCAGAUCACCUCUGAAAAAGACAGGGUGUUAAAAGGACUCAUGUGAUUGGUAUAAGACCAAUGGAAAUAGUGUACAAUUAUCAGAAUUGUGCUGCCUGUGUGAACACAGCCAUAGGCUAUUCAAGUAUUAACAUGCAGUUUCCUUUUUAUACUGACCCCACUUUGCAGAUCUGAGAGAACUGGGUAGUUGCAUCCAUGUUAACUCCAUCUGGCCAACCAGUGCCCUUGGUGGCGCCAUCAUGCUCCUUACUAGGGGUGUGCCGAACUCGUUGUAAUUGUAUCCGUUUCACACUUGAUAGGCUACUCGUAAUUGGCUUUACUUGUGCUCGGAAAACCCAGAAGUGCAGUAAAGCCUAUACUAAAGUGAAGCGCAAUCACUCAGCACCUCUGUUCCUUCACUCAUUCACAUAUUGCUCACGAUCCCGACAUCUGAAAUGCACAUGACUUACUUUCAUAGUCAUAAUUAUCAACAAAAUUGGUUAAUAAAUAAUGCAUAGCUGGCUACUGCCGCCUGCAUUUAUUCCAGAUGUUAUUGCCCUAAUAGCCUAGGCUACAUUGUUUCACUUUCGAGAGGAGAAAAAUGUCUCUCCCAAUGUGUAGCCUAUGCCACAUUUGUACUAUCAAAAUGAAAUAUUUAAAUGUGUAAUUUUAUCUUCUAAUGAUCUGUCGCUCAGAAAACAUGUCUGGGAGAAAUAAUAAUAGUAAGGGAACCUUGCGUGAGUCUGGGGAAUUUUAGUUGAAGUCACGAGCACUGCUUGUCGGCUCCUGCAUAGCAACCUAGCUGUGCCAAAAGCCCUGGUCUGCCCUAAAAAGCCUAUGUAAAUUACGGUCCCCAGAAUGGCCAAACAAAAACAUUUAGAUGGCAGUUUUGGUCUCUAAAAUUCAGCAAUAUGUUGCGCUUCAAUCUCAAAUACUUACGGCUUCAUGCGCCAUCUGGAGUUUUCCAUAGGAAUACAUGGAUGACGUUGGCGCUAUCAUGAUCUACUGGUUUUAGUGUCUAUGGUUUGACGCUGGUGCACAAAACCGAAAGUAAGAUGCAAAAACAAAACUUAAGAACGGGAAGCCUAGAAAUGGACCACAUAGAACAGAUCUACCGCUGCUUAGACUUGUUUUCAAUGAGAUCUAGAACUCGUAUUUCUGUGAAUUUGGUCGGGUCGUCCAAGAAGUGUAUUUAUAUAUAGCAGCAUUAACCUGUAAACAAUUCAUGGUAACCUUUUAAACAAUCCAUUUUAGACCUGCCGUUUAUUUGAAAUCUGUAUUUAUUUGCUGAAAUGUGUGCCUUUGCCCGGCUAUGAAAAGGGACAGGCAGCUAUGCGACUACGUUUAAUUGAACUUUUUAUGGUAACUAACCACUACCCCCCCCCCCCAACAGGCCUGUGGAUCAGGGUGAGCGUGCCGGAAGGGGCCGAGGUGGAGGCCGUGGAAGAGGAAUGCGUGGCAACUUCAGAUCCACAGAUGGCUUUGACCAGAGAGGCAAAAGGGAGUUUGAGCGCCACAGUGGCAGUGAUAGAACGUAUGAAACAAUACUAAUCACAUUGCUCUUAAAUCAAGUUUGUCGGUUUCACAAUGUAUGUGAGUGUUCUACUUGGAUUAUGAUCAAAUAGUUGAGGUUGGUGACAUUUGAACUUUUGCCUGUUGCAGUGGUGUCCGGCCAGAGGAGAAGCGAGGGGGCAGUGGUCCACGUAACUGGGGAUCCAUGAGGGACCACAUGAGGUGAGUAUGCACAUUAGGACCGUACAUGUGAGUCAUUUGACAGUGCCUCAGUGUUUGCGUAGCUAUAGGAGUACUCUGCUGUCCUAGUUUGGACUAUAAGUAGGAGUAGCCACAAACCCAGGCUUCUCACAUUCUGUUUAUAAGUCUGGGGAAGUUUUCCUCAGGAAGUCUAUAAAAAGGGGUUUAGUACAGUAGUCUAGGUGAAAACCAAAUAUUUUGCAUGGGUCCAAACAGGUUGUUUCAGAAUUUCUGACUUGCAACAAGCUAGCUAGUUUAAGUAGCGCCACAUAGGCUUCUAAAACAUUGUCCAACACUGUCGGAAAAGACUGGGACAAAACAAGGAAACAAAGCUCAAACAAGAAAAUGCCCCUCCUGAUGGGACAAUAUCAUUUAUAGUCGGACCCAAUCAAAUGCGAGCGUUGAAAGCCAGUGCUCUCAUUCAAACGUACAAUCCCAUACUGAAGUUGAUCAGACUUCCAAUAGUUGUCAAGAUGAGAUUUGGAAGGAUGGAAUGAGCCUUAAGUUGUGGCUUGUAUCUUGAAAAAAAAUAUUAAAAUGAGAGCCAAUAUUCCUUUUGAUCUGAAUUAGAAGUCCCUCAUUGAGUUGUCCUUCAACCAAUGUGGCUUGGCACGUCUUCAUCAGCACUUUCAUAUGUGUUCGUCAUCGAAGAAUUGUCUUGAAUGAUUCUUACCGUAGUUAUACUGUUUAUGCUAUUUUAGUGCUGCGGCUGAUGGGGCUCCCACUGAGGGAGGGGACGGAGAUGAGGUGGCGGAUUCCGCAGAGGCUGGAGCAAAUCGGUGAGUGAGCCAAAUGACUGACCAGCACAACGCUGUUAAUCAGACCACACAGUGAGACCGUGCAAAUAGUAUACAUGUAUAGCGUACCUCUUUAUGCAAAUCCUCCACAAUACUCACUAGAUAUUCUAGUCUAUACAUACCCUGAACUCAGACAUUUUAAAUGCUCACGUUUACUCUAGUUAUAGAAUAAGUUUUGGGGUGUAUUAGAUUUUCCAUCCCCAUAGUAAUCGGAUUCUCUGCAGCGCCCCGGAGACUGAAGGCGAGGGGGAAGCAGUAGUUGAGGUUUCCGUGGAAAUGUCUCUGGACGAGUGGAAAGCCCUGCAGGAACAGAACCGGCCCAAGAAGGAGUUCAACCUGCGCAAGGCUGAUACCAUUGUGCCCUCUGACUCUGUGGUCAUCCACAAGUCUAAGAAACAGGUUGAGGUGAGGAAUCUUGCACAAAUGCUGCAAAAACAGGCUGCUUAAUAUCACUGCUUGUUUCUGUUGGACUGGAUUUCUAUGGUCUGCUGAUGGUGCUCAUGCGUCUUGUUUCUCUUGAUCAACAGGAGCACGUUGAGGAGAUUGAGGAGGAGGAUGACACUGCAUCCCUCCGUCGCCCUGCCAAUGACAUCACGGCCAAACUGAAGAUUGACUUUGGCAGCCUGGGACGACCCUCACGGGGGACCAGAGGAGGAGGAAGAGGUGGACGAGGUGGCCCAGCCACACGGCCUGAGACCAUUUCUCCCCAGAAGCCUCCUGAGAAGGUAUGUCUGGACUGCAUGGGUCCUGUUAGAUAUACGUCUAAGGCACUGCAUCGCAGUGCUAGCUGUGCCACUAGAGAUCCUGGUUCGAAUCCAGGCUCUGUCGUAGCCGGCCGCGACCGGGAGACCCAUGGGGCAGCGCAAAAUUGGCCCAGCGUCGUCCAGGGUAGGGGAGGGAAUGGCCAGCAGGGAUGUAGCUCAGUUGGUAGAGCAUGGCGUUUGCAACGCCAGGGUUGUGGGUUAGAUUCCCACGGGGGGCCAGUAUGAAAAAAUGUUUAAAAAAAUAAAAUAAAAAUGUAUGCACUCACUAACUGUAAGUCGCUCUGGAUAAGAGCGUCUGCUAAAUGACUAAAAUGUGAAUGGGUUUCAAACCAUUGCCAAGGGCAGCAAGGAUGGUGGGCAGGUUCAUUUCACCCUGGUGCCUUUUUUUUCUGCCUAUGCCUCAUUCAGUUGUGAAUCGCACUGCAAUUGGCCUUUGGGUAGCAUGUUCCUUACCCAUGUGCUGAUACACAGGUAUCCCAGGGUAUCAAGUUGACUGUGAUUGAUUCUCCCUAGGCCCGAUUCCAGCAGGGACAGGCCCCAAACCCUGAUGACCCAGAAGACUUUCCUGCCCUUGCCUAAGGGAAGAGGACCAGCACUGGACCAGAGCCCAGUCCACAGGUGGCCCUUUACCUGUACUGUGCCUUAGUGGAUUUGGCUGCACUUCCCAAGAGGAGCAAGAAAUAUACUGGUUUUGCUCGUAUACAUCCCAAAGGACUGUAUAUAUCAGAGUUCCUAUCUGCUCUCUGUAUAGUUCAGAUGAAUAGCCUUUCAUUCUAAUGGGAAAUAUGAAUACUUGACCUGUUUAUAAAAAAUAAAUACUGUUGACAUUAACACAUGACUUGGGAUACUAUUUGUACAACCACAAGCGUAAACCAACAGUGAUAGACCCCUUAUUGUUUCUCCAGUGAUGUCAUAUCAUUGAAGCACAUGGAUUGCUUUAGUUGAAUGGCCAUUUGUGCCAGUGCCUAGACAGGUGUGCCUUUGUCAGCCACAAGGGGGAGCAUCAAUAUUGUUGUUUGAGUCACUGCAAGCCAUCUCAAAUCUGCCUCACUUUCCUCACAACAAACAACCCAUCUAAAUAAGAAAAAAAUGUUUAAACUGCAUGCAAUACUUACUCCUUCACAGUAAAUGAUUAGUUUGGUGUUCAUCUUUAUUGUAGGAUAUCUAUUUGACAGGUUUUAAAAAUACUUUCUCUGGACAUGUAACCUGCAUGAGUAGUCCAUAACAGAGCGCCUCUACCCUGCUGUUGACUAGUAGUAAUGAACUAGAAUGCAUGAGCGCUUCCUGACAAAGGCCUUUUAUACCGGCGGUGCCGCAGCCAGCUCUACCACUUCCCCUGUGGCACAAUCCCAUGUUUGCUAAACUGGUCGGUCACUUGAUGCCAUUUUAUUGAAUUUUGUCUAACCUGUAGUGUUAAUGCGCAAAAUAAUUUGUUUUCAUGCAUGUUAGGGUAACCCUGUCCCCUAGUGAGGAGAUUCGGUUGUAAGUUCAACAUUUUCUUUGCCCUUACUGUGCUUCUGAAAAUGUUUGAAUUUGUUGGUCAGGGAACAACUCCGUGGUCUGCUCAUCAGUUGAGCUAUUCAUUGAAUCUGACCUGUCUGAUUUUCUUGGAAGGAAAGCGACAGGUAGGCUACAUGAGGUCUGCUUCUUGGUGGUCACCGUGAGGCCUAACGAAGUCCCCUGGGCGUCUGAGAUGCUGAUGGAUGGCCAGGGCCUCUGUUAGAACAUUGAUUUGUAUCUCAAAUCCUCUAUCAGUUGUCCACACUGACUGGUGUCUGACCUUGGCUACAGACACCAUUAAUUAGAGUACUGAAUAAUAGUCUCACAUGUGGACUCAUCAAUCAACUUAGGUUUAUGAGAAAUGGUUUUAAUCGCAAGUUAAAGUAAAUUAACGAAAGUUGAUUUGCAUGUAGGCCUACUCGAACUAGUGAAUCAUUUGAGAAAAUUUAACUGGUUUAGAGAAUGCAAGACUCCAAUGUCUAUUUUUCUUCCUGGAGGGCUCAUUGUAUUGAUUAGCAGGUAAAGGUCAGGGUGGGGGGAUGGCUGCCAUCCUGGGGGUUUUAGAAGGGUUGAAAUUUCAUCUAAAGAAAUCAAAACAAGCCUCUUAGACCCUAUGGGGAGUGGCUCCCCAUUACGCCCUGUUAAGGAUGUGAGGGAAGUGUUUUCUUUUUCUCACAGGACAGGAGAGGGCGCUUGAGUCUCGUUCAUCUGCCAAUGACGCAGUCUGGUUAUUUACAAGGAAUUUCUAAAUGCCCAAGUUAACAUAAGUCAAAAGGCACUUAAAAUGUAGUUAAUUUCUUCAUGUUAAGGUAGCAAUUCAAUUAAUCAUACCGGAUAGCGCUCAGACAUGUACAUGUCACAAAGGGAGGGGGUGGAGAAUGAGCAUGAAUAAAUGACAUGCUUUUCUGACCCACUCUAGGCUGGUUACAGUGCACAAAGACCACAACAGUAAGGUAAUUUUUCUUGGCUCUAUGCUAGUACUCUGAUUAUAUCAGCUUUUUCAGGGAAUGGUAAGUGUGUGUGUGGAGAACGUAUUCUACUCUAAUGGAGAGCAUGUUACGGCCCUGCCAAGCUAGGACCUUGGGCCAGAAGAUGAAGAGCAACAUUUUUCUCUCUGAAAAAUGUCUAAUAAGAUCUGCAAAGUGCUCAGAUGGUAAAAUCAAUAGGCCCACUAAAUGUAAAUGCUGCCAUAGCCACAUAGCUGGUAUACAGAGGAUAUGAAUAGCAAACCCAGGCCUUUUAGGAAUAUUGAGAUUGAGCUCACAUGGAUGUUUCUUUUCAGUAACAAAGAUGAAACAAUGAUUAGGUCUACAAACUGUAACAUUGCCAAUGGUUUUACCCAAUACAAGAUAAGCAGUAACACUUAUUUUGAAAUCAAAUUGACUUCAAAAGGAGCAGGGCCUCAGUUAAAAUGUAAGGUUGCUGUUGGCUUUGUUCCCUGCUAAAUCUAAAAGCCUUACGCUUGAUAGUCACCUGAUACCCCCUUUGAGUCUUUGAAGGGGUUAUUUUUAUUUUGCUCAUGUUUUGAAUAACAUUAGCCAAAUAAUCCCUGUGAUUGUUUAGCACAGUGCAUGUUUAAUUUAAGAGCCCUCAUCUCACUGGCUAGUUUUAUAUGGACAGGCAGAUGUACACCUAAAAACUACCAACAUAACUAAACCAGACUUGUGCAGGUUAACAGUUUUGAAUUGGUGUAUGUAAAGAGACAGUACAGAGCUAUAGACACAAUUCACAGUUUGGCCUCAGCAGAGAACCCAGUACCAACAGAGGAUCCCAGCCUAGAGGGUAAUUUCCUGGCUGGCCUGUCAGGUGUUCUGUUAGUGAGGUAAACGUGGAGCCGUGAUCCGUGAGCACACUGGCAGUCUCUGCCUGUCUCUGAGGAAACAAUUAGGACUCUCUCUUCAUGGAGUGGCAUACCACCCUUACCUUCAGCAGAGAAAAAAAUAUCUCACACAUUCACAAUGUCAGGGAGUAUUUAGCCUGGUUGGUCUUGUAAGUGCACUUGUGAACAUUUCUUUUGUUUUCUGUUUUGCACACGCAGAGGCUACCAGUUGUGUGUUUUCUUGCGCCUCUGGGUUAGACAAUUCUCCUCUGGUUCAUCAGUAUCUCAAAUCAAAUAAAUCAAAUGUAUUGGUCACAUACACAUGGUUAGCAGAUGUUAUAGCGAGUGUAGCGAAAUGCUUGUGCUUCUAGUUCUGACAGUACAGAAAUAUCUAGCAAGUAAUAUCUAACAGUUCCACAACAAAUACCUAAUACACACAAAUCUAAGUAAUGGAAUAAGAAUAUAUAAAUAUAUGGAUGAGCAAUGUCAUUGUCAGAGCGGCAUAGGCUAAGAUGCAAUAGAUAGUAUAGAAUACAGUAUAUACAUAUGAGAUGGGUAAUGCAAGAUAUGUAAACAUUAUUAAAGUGACUAGUGUUCCAUUUAUUAAAGUGGCCAGUGAUUUUCAAGUCUGUAUGUAGGCAGCAGCCUCUCUGUGCUAGUGAUGGCUGUUUAACAAUCUGAUGGCCUUGAGAUAGAAGCUGUUUUUCAGUAUCUCGGUCCCAGCUUUGAUGCACCUGUACUGUCCUCGCCUUCUGGAUGAUAGCGGGGUGAACAGGCAGUGGCUCGGGUGGUAGUUUUCCUUGAUUAUCUUUUUUGCCUUCCUGUGACAUUGGGUGCUGUAGGUUUCCUGGAGGGCAGGUAGUUUGCGCCCGGUGAUGCGUUGUGCAGACCGCACCACCCUCUGGAGAGCCCUGCGGUUGUGGGCGGUGCAGUUGCCGUACCAGGCGGUGAUACAGCCCGACAGGAUGCUCUCAAUUGUAUCUGUUGGUUUCUUCACGGCCAGAAUCUACCAGCUGUUUUUAAAAGAGGCCUUUGUUGCCUGGAGAGAAGUCUCUCUUUGUCUCUCUCUCUCUCGUUCUCUAUUUUUCUCUCUCCCUCCUUCCCUCCCUAAUUUCUCCCUCUCUCCAUUGUGGGAUGUCUCUCAAGGUUACCCUUCACUGCAGGUGUAUGUGAGCCUCAAAAAGAACCUGUUGUAUUGAUUUAGACUGGAGGGCUGAUGCUGACAGCAGCCUUGAAUCCCGAGGAACAGACAGCGGAAAGGAGAGACCCACAGGCAAAGGAAAUGGAUUCUUGAAUUAAACCAUAUUUCUACUGUGGGUUAUUUAACUGGCAUUAUAUACAGUAUUUUGGUUUGAGGGAAUUAUAGAGGUCUUGAGUCAUAGAUUUAUGAUGAAUGAAUAUGGAUAUCUAAGUUUAAACCAUACCUCAUAUACAGUAACUGCUGCUUGUAUGCACCUGUGCAUUAGAGUGUCUAAUUGCAGAGUCCUCCGUAAUGAACAGAUGCCUUCAAGAAAGAUAUUAACACCACUAACAGGUGUCAGAGAUGUAGAGAUCUUCAUUUGGGCUGAUGGGAACCUGGCAUAACACCACAGACACUGUAAACAUAUUAAGCUUUGCUUCAAUGGCACAGUGACAUAUUUAACAGUUUAUUACAAUUAUCAGAGGAGAGGAUACAGCACUACUGAACAACAACAUUCCAGCCUUGUUCAUUGUAAGUAUUUUCAGAACACAUACAGUCCAGUAUUUCAAUUGGAAACUAAACUGGACAGUGGGGCAUUGCCAAACUAAAUUAUUUGAUCUGAGAGGCUGCUCUGUGUAGAGAGACACCCAGAUAAUGCAGUUUUUAUCAUUGGUUAUGCGGUCCAUCAGGGCGGGUCGUGCCGAUCUAUAGAUCACAGUGGGACACAAUGGCGCUCAGCACCAGGAGGAGUGGGAAAGGCUUCCUCCUGGUGUUCCUGAAAUGAGAGAUGCAAAGUGCUCUCGUCACGAAAUGAAAGCCAAACCGGAGGUCUCUAAGCAGGAUCUAGAUAAACCUGUUGACCCAGGGAGAAUGGGAUGGGAAUCCCAAAUAGGACGGCAAGUCAAAACAAUAGUGUCUAUGUAUUCCAGAUGGAAAUUAUAUGGGUAACAAUAGGGCAGGUGUAGGCAAAUAGAUUCAGCUGUGGGACGAUUUUCGUCAGAGUGAUGGUCGGGGGCCAGAACAUCAUUAUAAUAAUUUGUACGCCGCAGAUUGACCCCCACUAAGCCCAGUAAGAGAUUGUAUUUGAAAAUAGCAAUCAUUUCAUACUUGAUUGUAUAUACAGUGAGGGAAAAAAGUACUUCAUCCCCUGCUGAUGUUGUACGUUUGCCCACUGACAAAGAAAUUAUCAGUCUAUAAUUUUAAUGGUAGGUUUAUUUGAACAGUGAGAGACAGAAUAACAACAACAAAAUCCAGAAAAACGCAUGUCAAAAGUGUUAUAAAUUGAUUUGCAUUUUAAUGAGGGAAAUAAGUAUUUGACCCCCUCUCAAUCAGAAAGAUUUCUGGCUCCCAGGUGUCUUUUAUACAGGUAACGAGCUGAGAUUAGGAGCACACUCUUAAAGGGAGUGCUCCUAAUCUCAGUAUGUUACCUGUAUAAAAGACACCUGUCCACAGAAGCAAUCAAUCAAUCAGAUUCCAAACUCUCCACCAUGGCCAAGACCAAAGAGCUCUCCAAGGAUGUCAGGGACAAGAUUGAACCCCUACACAAGGCUGGAAUGGGCUGCAAGACCAUCGCCAAGUAGCUUGGUGAGAAGGUGACAACAGUUGGUGCCAUUAUUCGCAAAUGGAAGAAACACAAAAGAACUGUCAAUCUCCCUCGGCCUGGGGCUCCAUGCAAGAUCUCACCUCGUGGAUUUUCAAUGAUCAUGAGAACGGUGAGGAAUCCGCCCAGAACUACACGGGAGGAUCUUGUCAAUGAUCACAAGGCAGCUGGGACCAUAGUCACCAAGAAAACAAUUGGUAACACACUACGCUGUGAAGGACUGAAAUCCUGCAGCGCCCGCAAGGUCCCCCUGCUCAAGAAAGCACAUAUACAGGUCCGUCUGAAGUUUGCCAAUGAACAUCUUAAUGAUUCAGAGGAGAACUGGGUGAAAGUGUUGUGGUCAGAUGAGACCAAAAUCGAGCUCUUUGGCAUCAACUCAACUCGCCGUGUUUGGAGGAGGAGGAAUGCUGCCUAUGACCCCAAGAACACCAUCCCCACCGUCAAACAUGGAGGUGGAAACAUUAUGCUUUGGGGGUGUUUUUCUGCUAAGGGGACAGGACAACUUCACCGCAUCAAAGGGACGAUGGACGGGACCAUGUACCAUCAAAUCUUGGGUGAGAACCUCCUUCCCUCAGCCAGGGCAUUGAAAAUGGGUCGUGGAUGGGUAUUUGAGCAUGACAAUGACCCAAAACACACGGCCAAGGCAACAAAGGUGUGGCUCAAGAAGAAGCACAUUAAGGUCCUGGAGUGGCCUAGCCAGUCUCCAGACCUUAAUCCCAUAGAAAAUCUGUGGAGGGAGCUGAAGGUUCGAGUUGCCAAACGUCAGCCUCAAAACCUUAAUGACUUGGAGAAGAUCUGAAAAGAGGAGUGGGACAAAAUCCCUCCUGAGAUGUGUGCAAACCUGGUGGCCAACUACAAGAAACGUCUGACCUCUGUGAUUGCCAACAAGGGUUUUGCCACCAAGUACUAAGUCAUGUUUUGCAGAGGGGUCAAAUACUUAUUUCCCUCAUUAAAAUGCAAAUCAAUUUAUAACAUUUUUGACAUGUGUUUUUCUGGAUUGUUUUGUUGUUAUUCUGUCUCUCACUGUUCAAAUAAACCUACCAUUAAAUUUAUAGACUGAUCAUGUCUUUGUCAGUGGGCAAAUGUACAAAAUCAGCAGGGGAUCAAAUACUUUUUUCCCCCCACUGUCUCUUUUUGUAUUUGUGGGAAUACUUCUGAACAAUUUCCUAAAUUAUAGAUUUUUUGGCUGAAUUCCUGGUGAUUUUACUGUAUUUCUUUUAACCUAAAAACCCCCAACGAUUAUUAUUAUUUUUUACUAAAAACUUUGGGGGCCCAAAGAAAUCACUUGCAGGACGGUUUUGGCAUACAAGCCGCCUGUUGCCGACCUCUGCAAUAAAGCGAAGGCCUAAUGUUGAUACACGAAAGUGUCAUAACUGAAAGAAGUUUCAGGGCAUGGCUAAGGCACAUGUGAUGUGUGUGUGAGAGUGAAGAUGGUGUGACAGACUUGCAGAGAGAAGGCAGGCCUGCAGUUAAUAAUCAGUAAUUAAUUGUAAUUAUGAAGCAGACAGCAGAUGGAGAAGUCUGGCUGCAUGGAGCAUGAUCCACUCCAGUGACUUGUCUGACUCCUUCAGCUCUCCUCCUCCUCCCACUGGUUAACCUGGGAGGUCACGAGGUCAGGUGCGGUUCCAUUCCUCAGCCUGAGCCUCGACACAGUGACAGGAUGAAACACAAGACGCUGCUGCUCAUCUCAGCUCAGCUCUCAUACUACUGAUUUUAAGAUGUAAUCAACCGCUGACAGCCCUCUGCUUAAAGAUAAACAGGAGGUUCUUAAAUCUUCAUUAGUCAGUGGCAAAUUAGGUUUGCACACAGACACACACACACACACACACACACACACCCCAGGCAUAUCCAUCACAUCUUAACUGAAAACCAUGGUAAUGGUGUCUAUUGAUUUUUUUCUUCCCUGGACCAGUCAAGCAUGUAGAGUUUGGGUGCGAGGGAAUGAAAUUACCUUCACUCUCGAGGUUGUCAGGAAAAUGUUACACAGGAAAAGGCAAUUUAUUGUGUAUGUGGCAAAUACAUUAAUUUACAUUCAACAACAUUCUUGCCUAUUAGCAGCUUUCAUCAAGUCAGCAAUUUCUCAGUGACAUUUUUCUCUCAUUAAAACCACUUGAUAAUAGGUCUUUACAACCUCCUCAAAACUGUAAGUCAGUCUCAGCCAAAGAGAUACAGUACAGUUGGUCAGCUCAGCUCUCCUCUCCUCCCAGACUACGACAGACACACAGCUGUACUGUAGUGGUGAAUAAAAUCCAACCCAGGGCAGAUUGGGUUGGUCCCUGCCUGCUGUGUGCAUCUACAUCCCCCCUCUGCUCUGCUCCCACUGAGCCGGCAGCUCUGAAUCAGUAAACACAAUGCCGCCUUUAAUUAGCCCUCCGUUUCUAAUUGAUUAAAAUUCCCUGCGGCGCAAUUAUGCUGCCAUCGCAUAGACAUGCUUCUCUCUCUCUCUCUCUCUCUCUCUCUCUCUCUCUCUCUCUCUCUCUCUCUCUCUCUCUCUCUCUCUCUCUCUCUCUCUCUCUCUCUCUCUCUCUCUCUCUCUCUCUCUCUCUCUCUCUCUCUCUCUCUCUCGCGCGCUCUCUCUCUCUCUAUUUCAGUGAGUCGUAA